CAUCAUCCAGGGGGAUUGCGGUGAAGAUUUGACGAAUAGCGCAUUCAAGUCAUCCAUUUCCGCUAAGCUGAAAGCCAAAAAAAGGUAGUUUCGCUUUCAUUCACCCUACAGUGACUACUGUGAAGCAGAGCUUAGGACUAAGCAAGUAAAAUAGAAACUGAAAUGGAGGAAGAAACACUGAACCCACACUCAACUCUCUACGAGGCCUACAACGAGCUUCACGGUCUAGCUCAAGAGCUAGAAGCUCCCUUCGACGCGCCGGCUGUGUUAGUCGUUGGACACCAAACGGACGGCAAAAGUGCGUUGGUCGAAGCACUCAUGGGCUUCCAAUUCAACCACGUCGGCGGCGGAACAAAGACUCGCCGGCCCAUCACUCUUCAUAUGUCUUACGACCCUCUUUGCGACGUCCCAUUGUGUCAUCUCGUCUCUGACGAUGACCCCACUCUCGCCCACGAAAAGUCUCUCGCCGAUAUUCAGGCCUACAUUGAAGCUGAAAAUAUGAGGUUGGAACGUGAGCCAUGUCAAUUCUCAGCUAAAGAAAUCAUCAUUAAAGUGAAAUACAAACACUGUCCCAAUUUGACUAUUAUUGAUACUCCUGGGCUUAUUGCUCCUGCUCCGGCUCGAAAGAAUCGUGCUUUGCAGAGCCAAGCGCGUGCUGUGGAGUCCAUAGUGAGAAAAAAAAUGCAGCAUAAGGAGUUCAUUAUAUUAUGUCUCGAAGAUUGUAGUGACUGGAGUAAUGCAAUGACAAGAAGAGUUGUAAUGCAAAUUGAUCCAGAGCUUUCAAGAACUGUUGUUGUCUCUACCAAGCUUGAUACCAAGAUUCCUCAGUUUGCACGGUCUUCAGAUGUGGAAGUUUUUCUCUCUCCACCUGCAUGUACACUUGAUGGCUUCAUAUUGGGUGACUCUCCAUUCUUUACAUCAGUGCCUUCAGGAAGAGUUGGUUCCGAGCAUGACUCCGUUUACAGAUCGAAUGAUGAGUUUAAACAGGCAAUAAUAUCUAGAGAGGUGCAAGACAUAGCAUCUUUGGAGGAGAAAUUAGGUCGACAAUUGUCAAAGCAAGAAAGAAGUAGAAUAGGUGUAAGCAAACUUAGGCAUUUUCUAGAAGAAUUGUUACAGAAAAGGUAUAUGGAUAGCGUUCCUUCGAUCAUUCCACUUCUUGAGAAGGAGUACCACAGCACCACAAGAAAGUUGACAGAAAUAAAUAAAGAACUCAGCACUUUGGAUGAAGUGAAAUUGAGGGAAAAAGGAAGAGCUUUUCAUGAUCUAUUCCUAACCAAGUUGUCAUUGCUACUGAAAGGGACAGUUGUUGCACCUCCAGAUAAAUUUGGGGAAACACUAGUAGAUGAGAGAACUAAUGGAGGAGCAUUCGUGGGUGCUGAUGGUCUUCAAUUGCCAUAUAAGAUAAUACCUAAUUCUGGAAUGCGUCUUUAUGGAGGUGCACAAUAUCAUCGUGCCAUGGCUGAAUUCCGCUUUAUUGUGGGAGGGAUAAAAUGCCCACCAAUUACAAGGGAAGAAAUAGUCAAUGCUUGUGGAGUCGAAGAUAUUCAUGAUGGAACAAAUUACUCAAGGACAGCGUGUGUUAUAGCGGUUUCAAAGGCUCGUGACACUUUUGAACCUUUCCUCCAUCAGUUGGGUUGUAGGCUCUUGUACAUUCUGAAGAGAUUACUUCCUAUCUCCAUAUAUCUUAUGCAGAAAGAUGGAGAGUUUUUAAGUGGCCAUGAGGUGUUUCUCAGGCGUGUUGCUACUGCUUUCAACAACUUUGCUGAAUCUACUGAAAGAGCUUGCCGUGAGAAAUGCUUGGAGGAUUUAGUAAGCACAACCCGUUACGUAUCCUGGUCCCUCCACAACAAGAAUCGGGCUGGGCUACGUCAUUUUUUAGACUCAUUUGGUGGAACUGAGCAAUCCAGUGUGGCAGUGAAUUCUGUAUCUCCUGGAAAUUCCCAAGAGUCAUUGCCUGGGUCUGUUGCUGCAGAGAAGCAUGAGACAAAGUCAAGAGCAGAUAUAAAGCAAGUUCCUCUAUCCUCAGGCAUCGAUUCAGGCUCUUCUGCUCAGACAGUAGAAACAAAACUUGCUGACCUUCUAGAUAGCACACUUUGGAACCGGAGACUUGGUCCUUCAUCAGAAAGGAUUGUUUAUGCAUUGGUACAACAGAUAUUUCAUGGCAUAAGAGAGUACUUCUUGGCCUCUGCUGAACUAAAGUUCAACUGCUUUCUUCUAAUGCCAGUUGUGGACAAAUUACCUGCACUUCUCCGGGAAGACCUAGAAUCUGCAUUUUCCGAUGACAUGGAUAAUGUAUUUAACAUCAGCAAUCUGCGACGCUCUUUGGGCCAACAAAAGAGAGAUACAGAGAUUGAUCUCAAAAGGAUUAAUAGGCUCAAAGAGAAAUUCAAGGUAAUACAUCAGCAACUUAGUUCGUGUCAGAAAGUACCAAGUUCAUCACCUGCAUGUGCUGAUUGAUUCAGGUCCAAAUUUGAGAACAUAAUCAAUCACUUAGGUGUGUGCAGGAUAGAAUUGUUUGCUUGAAAAUGACAUGGAUAUCAAUAAUUUUAAUUUCUUUUUAAAUUAAUCAUAUUUUUUACUUGAAAAAUUAAUUACUUGAUUAAUGAAUAUUUUGUCUUUUACUGUUA